CCCAAAUCUCCUUGGUAACCCUCAUGGAAACGCGGUCCCCCGUGUUUGUAGUCGCGUCGAGAGUAGACGGCCGCUGUUGAAGGCAGAAAGAAGUGUUUUUAGAUUUUCGGACAACAGCGGAGAGCCAUGAAGAUCGAGGAGGUGAAAAGCACCACGAAGACCCAGCGCAUCGCUUCUCACAGCCACGUGAAAGGCCUCGGCUUGGACGAAGCCGGCAAUGCUAAGCAGACUGCGUCCGGCCUGGUGGGCCAGGAGGCCGCCAGAGAGGCCUGUGGCAUCAUCGUAGAACUGAUUCGUUCCAAAAAGAUGGCAGGCAGAGCUGUAUUGCUAGCGGGACCACCUGGAACUGGAAAGACGGCUCUAGCAUUGGCCAUGGCACAGGAGCUGGGGAAUAAGGUGCCUUUCUGUCCCAUGGUGGGCAGUGAAGUGUACUCAUCAGAGAUCAAGAAGACGGAGGUACUAAUGGAGAACUUCAGAAGAGCUAUUGGUCUGAGAAUUAAGGAGACUAAAGAAGUGUAUGAAGGUGAGGUGACUGAGUUGACCCCAUGUGAGACGGAGAAUCCAAUGGGCGGCUAUGGAAAAACUAUCAGUCAUGUCAUCAUUGGCCUGAAGACAGCGAAGGGUACUAAACAGCUGAAGCUUGAUCCCAGUAUCUAUGAGAGUCUGCAGAAGGAGAGGGUGGAGGUUGGUGAUGUCAUCUACAUUGAAGCCAACAGUGGGGCAGUCAAGAGGCAGGGACGUUGUGACACAUUUGCAACAGAAUUUGAUUUGGAGGCAGAAGAAUAUGUGCCAUUGCCCAAAGGAGAUGUGCACAAGAAGAAAGAGAUUAUACAAGAUGUUACGCUACAUGACCUGGAUGUAGCUAAUGCACGACCUCAGGGAGGCCAGGACAUUCUGUCUAUGAUGGGUCAGCUAAUGAAACCCAAGAAGACUGAGAUCACAGAUAAGCUGCGAGGGGAGAUUAAUAAGGUAGUGAAUAGGUACAUAGAUCAAGGUGUGGCAGAACUUGUGCCUGGUGUGUUGUUCAUUGAUGAGGUUCACAUGCUGGACAUUGAGUGUUUCACGUACCUGCACCGAGCUCUGGAGAGUUCCAUCGCUCCCAUUGUAGUGUUUGCAUCCAACCGAGGAAACUGCCUCAUUAGGGGGACAGAGGAUAUCAGUUCUCCUCAUGGAAUACCACUCGACCUACUGGAUCGAGUCAUGAUCAUCAGAACCAUGCUGUACACUCCUCAGGAAAUGAAACAGAUCAUUAAAAUUCGAGCUCAGAUAGAAGGCAUCAACAUUAGUGAGGAGGCUUUAACUCACCUGGGAGAGAUUGGCACCAAGACAACCCUCAGGUAUUCAGUGCAGCUCUUGACUCCAGCCAAUCUGCUGGCACGAGUUCAGGGUAAGGAAGGAGUAGAAAGAGAGCAGGUGGAAGAAAUAAAUGAGCUGUUCUACGACGCCAAGUCUUCAGCAAAGAUCCUACAGGACCAGCACACCAAGUUCAUGAAGUAACUCUCCCAUUCAACCCUUUGCUGUACUGGCCCUAUAAUUCACCAUUAAUCUAUUCAAGGAAAACAUGCACAGGCCAAUCCAGUCUCAUUGCCCCCCAAAAUUCCUGUCAAAUAAGAAUUACUUUUACCUAUCAUCCUUCUACUUAAUGCAGGUCUGUGACUUUUUUCUUUUUUUAGCCUUUUGAGCUGAAGACUUUUACAUACUGUUAAUGUUUGUUAUUGUUCAGAUGUAAAAAGCGAUGUAAGGAAUUUAAAUAAAUGUAUGUCUUUCUAAUCA